CGUUCUGGCACUUGCUGAGAUCAGUGAUUGACAAAUGGCCGCAACGGCUGCUUCUUUGGACGCCGGAAAGCUACGCGCUCAUAGCCAAAGAUCUGCAAACCAUGACCAUCCCAAUCCACAAAGAGACCGUCUACCAAUAGUUCACCACGAGAUAUCAAACAAUUAUUCCGAGGAUGACCCAGUACAAACCACCGAGCAGAAGGGAAACCAGGGAAACCUGCAACGAGAUGCUAUUCCGACUGUAGUUGGUCGCAAGAUAACGUUCAUGACUCGAAUUUUCAAUGAUUUGAUGACGUGCAAACUCUGCGCGGGUUACUUUGUUGACGCAACGACAGUACAUCCAUGCCUUCACACAUUCUGCAAAUCUUGUAUUUACAAGCACUGGAAGCGACAGCAUGAUAAUGACAAGUGCUGUCCGGCAUGUAUGCACCCGCUUGGACCUAAUCCUCUGCAGCAUCUCAAACCCGAUCCUAGCAUGCAAAACAUAGCCUACAAACUCGUACCACAUCUACAAGAACGAGAACAGGAGCUCAUACGUACAUUUGAAAAAUCUCAAGAAGUUCGUGUACGCAAAAGAACAUCGGCAGGCUCUGUUCGAAGCAGCAAUACACAACCAGCAAAGAAGCACUCCAAAGUUACGGAUGGCUGUCUAUCAACCGCAACGCGUCCUGCCACUGCAGCUAGUCCAAGUUCCUCUCCGGCAGUGGGGCCGGAAACUCUCGUAGCGUUUGCCCUUGAACUGGACACAGAAUGGUUCAAUAUGCGGAAAUACGAGAAUGUAUCACGGGGGCAGGCCAGACUGGCAGAUCCCUGUCUGAAAACUAAAGCGCGCGCAACAAUUGGACAAGUUGGAAAACAUUUACGGAAGCGAUUAGCGAUAAAGCCAGCAAAGGUCGACAUUUUGCAUAAUGGCUCAAAGUUAGACCCAGAAUGGACAUUAGGAAAUGUGGCAGCAUCCGAUCCAAUUCAGCCAUUGAUAUUUCGAUAUAGACCUUGGUACAAUACUGACACCUAAUACAUCGGCGCUUUUGCUUUGUACAGACCAUUAAUCAAAAUAGUA